AGCAAAGGACAUACGAGGACGGAAAACGGUGGUGACCGGUCGGUCCUGGUGACGCCAGCAUCGAUUCCGGCCAAUAAUCCCGUCCAGGUUCACUCCCUCUUUCCUCGGCGUUCUCGCCUCCGCCACCGGCCGCUGCUCGUCUCUCCUCCCCCUUUCUAUUGUUCCGUCUCGUCUCCUCGUCGCCUUUUCUUCCGGUUAGGGUUUCUUCUACUUGCGCCCUCUCUCUCAUUCUCUCUGUCCGCCGUCGAUGGGAGCUCGCCGCUAUUGGUCCUGUCGUUGUUCGUCGCUGAUGCUCCUGUUACUUCGAUCUUUAUAUCAGAGUUCUUGUUCUUGCUUCUAAUCUUUGAUGCGAGAGCUUCGCCAUGGACAACCUCUCGCUGGGAUCGAUGACGCUCCCUUGCCUCCACCACUUCCCCACGCCCGUAUCGCUGGCGACCCGAUCCCCGUUGAGCUCGAUUCCGGUCUCCGCGACCCUUCACGCAUCCUUCCGUCCCUCCGCCUAUUUUUCUGCAUCUCCUCGACCAGCAGCUGGAAUUCACCCGCGACGGGUUCGCGAGGACGAAUUUUUUGGGGACUCGAAUCGUCCUCAUGGUGAUCCCCUGAACCUGACGGCCAAGGUUUUGUGGGGAUUAUGUUUGACUUAGGCUUAUUGCGGAUUAAGUGUGGGGCUAUCUUGACAUGUGACAUCGCUCACAUUGGUCGUAUUGUUGCUGCCAAGAUAAGGGAAUAUCACAUUGAAGUCUAAUUAACCAUCGCACAGAUUGUUGAGGAAAGCACAGAGUACCGAUGAGGAAGGAGAAAAACCUCUCUCUCUCUCUCUCUCUCUCUCUAUAUAUAUAUAUAUAUAUAUAUAUAUAUAUAUAUAUAUAUAUCUUAUCACUUUGUUCAAGCGAAAGAAAGCAACGGCUGUUAUUGUACUCAUGUUGAGCGGACUGUGGAGAACUUUCAGUAGUGGUCGUGGAAUCUGAAAUCCUCCUGCAGAUGUGAUGUGAAGCCUAAAAAGAACCAUACUUGAAAAGCUAGAUAGAGAAACCCACCAUGACCUCUGCCCUCAAGCAUUUGUUGGACUAUCAAUUAUCAGAGUUUCCACUUUGAAACUACCUGUAGGGCCUUCAUGGAGGUCACUUUAACUCACUUUCAUCACUUAAUCCUCCAUCUAUUUUUCACUUUUCUUUUUGCAGAUAUGGGCUGCAGAAGGAGAUAAUUAUUAUCAGAACUUAUGCUGGAGGAGAAUGUUCUAUUUCUGCAGGAGGACCAAAAUGGUUCUGUUUUGAGUUAUAAACUUGAACAGGUCUUUAUAUUCGAAACUUUACCAUUACAUGAACACCAGACUCUCUAUCUAGAUGGCCAAAGAACACCACCAUUACAUGAAGGAAAGCAAUAAUCCAGAACAGAGAGUCCUUGAACAGCAACUUGCAGUGUUAGAUGGCUGUGAGAAUGAUGCUUGUGGAUCUCCAUGGCACAUUUGAGGCUUGCUCUCCAAGUACCCUCCAUGCUAAAAUCAUUUCUUGGAGAGAAACCCUGAGCAUAAUCUCAAGAAAGAAAAGGAAAGGUUUCAACCUAGCAGUAGCUAGGUUGUUUUCCCUGUUCUCCCAUAGGGAACCUUAUUCGGUGAAACUCCAAGUAUUUAUUACUGUUGGCAUCCGUGGGGAAAUGAAAGCCGCACACAAUCGACAGAUUGAAGUGUGAAUUAGAGAUAUUGGUUUUGGUUCAUAUCUAUCAUUGAUUGUAUUGGUCUCAAUCAUCAUAUUGAUUUCUUUCGCUGCAUUCAUUAUAUGAAUAUCUACUCAAAAAUAACAUGUGCAGCAACUCAAAAAUUGAUUUGCCAUUUGAUUGUCCAAUGAUCCACGCAGGUACAUAAUUUUAGGCAAUAAACAAGAGGAGAUAGAGUUGGGUACGUCAGCCAAAUUGAAUGUGAGAGUUACAUCCAGAAAACAUUAUGUAAUGAUGCAGAUAUAUCACCCCUCUGAAUGAGAGAAGAAUGCAAGACAAAAAGAGGCUGGCCACCCAGCCACGAGUGGCCCGGGAAUUAUCCCACCAUCACCGAAAAGUGCACUCAGAUGGUUCAUCUUUGCCAGAACCACAACAUUGUCGUCAUCCUUCGCCCUCCAUUAUUUGUGCCAGGCUUGUGUGACUCGAUCCUGCUUCUCUCCUCCUGAUGCUUUCGUAACAACAAAAAUAUGGCAGGCAGCCCGUGCCAAGACUCCGGUACGGCCAUGAAGGCUCACAACUCCAUGACGAACGGCUGCAGGAAGCACGGCGAUGAGAGCAGCUCCGAGUCCCUUAGCCUCAGCAGCCUCUCCAAGCUCGUUCUUCCUCCUCUCGGCAUGUCAAGCUGCAGCCAGAACCCGAACGGCUCGCGAUGGAGAAUCUUCUUGCCCAUGGACUCGAGAUACAGGUGCUGGGAAGCGUUCAUGGUGGCGCUGGUAGCGUACUCUGCAUGGGUGUAUCCGUUCGAGAUCGCGUUCAUGCACGCCGCGCCGAAGGGUGGGCUGUUCCUCACCGACAACGUCAUCGACGCCUUCUUCGCGGCCGACAUCGUUCUCACGUUCUUCGUGGCUUACAUCGAUUCCAGGACGCAGGUUCUUGUUUGUGACCCCAGGAAGAUUGCCACCAGAUACUUGUCAACAUGGUUCAUCAUGGAUUUGACAUCAACACUUCCAUUUGAGGGUCUUGGCUACUUGAUCACUGGAAGAGUCAAGGCAGGAGUCUCUUACAGCUUGUUGGGCACAUUAAGACUCUGGCGUCUCAGGAAGGUCAAACAAUUCUUCACAAGGCUAGAAAAAGAUAUCAGGUUCAGCUAUUUCUGCAUUAGAUGCGUUAGACUCCUAUUUGUUACCUUUUUCUUAGUCCACUGUGCUGGAUGCCUCUACUACUUGCUGGCUGAUCGGUAUCCACAUCAAGGGAAGACUUGGAUUGGUGCUGCAGUGCCAAACUUCAGGGAAGCUAACUUGUGGAUGCGUUACAUAGCCUCCAUCUACUGGUCUAUAUCCACAAUGACAACAGUUGGUUAUGGCGAUCUUCAUGCUGUGAACACAAGAGAAAUGAUCUUUAAUAUUUUCUAUAUGCUCUGUAACCUAGGCCUCACUGCAUACUUGAUUGGAAAUAUGACCAAUCUGGUUGUUGAAGGAACACGACGCACAAUGGAAUUCAGGAAUAGCAUACAAGUUGCAUCUAACUUUGUAUGCAGAAACCACUUACCACCACAUCUGAAAGAACAGAUAUUGGCUUAUAUGUGUCUUAGAUUUAAAGCAGAGACCUUAAACCAACAACAUCUGAUGGACCAAUUACCAAAAGCACUAUGCAAAAGCAUCUGUCAGCAUCUCUUCCUGCCGACUGUCAAGGAGGCUUACCUCUUUAAAGGUGUCUCGAGGGAAACACUCUUACUGUUGGUAACUAAGAUGAAAGUCGAGUACAUUCCACCCAGAGAGGAUGUCAUCAUGCAAAAUGAAGCCCCAGAAGAUGUAUACAUUGUUGUAUCAGGUGAAGUUGAAAUCAUAUAUUCUGAUAAUGAGAUGGAACAAGUUGUAGGGAAGUUUAGCACAGGAGAUAUAUUUGGAGAAUUUACUGCACUCAGCGAAAGGCCUCAAAGCUUUAUAUUCCGCACUAGAACAUUGUCUCAGCUGUUAAAGUUGAAGCAGAGCACCCUGAAAGAAGUUCUGCAUGCAAAACAAAAGGAUGGUAUAAUUAUCAUGAAGAACUUUCUUAAGCAUCAAACAGAAUUCAAGGACAUCAGCAUCGAUAAUCUGAUAGGGGAGAAUGGAGAAUUUGAAGAAACUAACAAACCGUGCAAUCUACUCACAGUAGCUGCUACAGGAAAUAGUUGCUUCCUUGACAAACUCCUCAAAGCAGGAAUGGAUCCUGAUAUUGGUGACUCCAAAGGAAGAACUCCAUUGCAUAUAGCAGCAUCAAAAGGAUACGAGGAUUGUGUUUUGGUUCUAAUCAACCAUGCCUGCAACAUCAAUAUACAAGACAUGGAUGGAAAUACUCCAUUAUGGGAUGCUAUCACAGGAAAACACCAUAACAUUUUCAAUAUCUUGCACCGGUGUGCAUGUGUUUCCAAUCCCUAUACCAGUGCCAAUCUUCUAUGUCUUGCGUCUAAAAGAAAUGACCUUUCGACUAUGAGAGAGCUGUUAAACCAUGGUUUAAACAUAGAUUCCGAGAACCAUGAAGGACUGACAGCAUUGCAGAUAGCAAGUGCUGAAAAUCAUGAAGAAAUGGUUACAUUCCUGGUCAUGAAUGGGGCGAGCAUAGUGAAAUCAAAUCCAAAUGGGAGCAUAGAAAGGAGGAUGAAAAAAGAAAUAUUAGAAGAAAUGAUCCAGCAAAGAGAUGUUGGAUAUCCAACUAUGGCAUUAGAACCUUAUGGAGCGUUUAAGAAAACAGAAGUACUUAGAGAGCAAGAUAAUUCCCUGAAAUUGGAAGCAAAUGAACAUCGACCAAGGAUUAGUGUAUUCAACGGCCAUCCACUGCUCAGAAACAGCCAUUCAGAAACUGGAAAGCUAAUAAGUUUGCCAAGCACCAUGGAAGAGCUCAGAACAAUUAUUGGCAAGAAGUUUGAAGUCGAUGCAAGAUACAAAAUAUUGACAAAUGAAGAUGCUGCUGAGGUAGACUCCAUUGAUGUUCUGAGAGAUAAUGAUAAAAUUUUUAUCGUUGGGGAGGAUGAACUUCUUAAGCUUGACAUCAAAUGCUAAAAGAUAUGAUUAUGGUUUGUAGUUUGUACCAAAAUUUGUGCUAAGGUAUUUAGGAGUCCAGGAGUGAUUCUAGAGAUCUUGUAUGAGCAAUAGUGUACAUUUCCCAAGUAGGCGGCAUUGUUGACAAUAUUUCUAUGGUUGUCUGUAUAAGAUAAAAGUGUGAUAUCCUUCAGAUUACAUUUAUGGGCUUCGAGCAUUAGCAACACAUUGAAUUAUCAAUAUAUUGGUAGCUGAGUGAAUUAUCAA